GUAUCUGGAUUCCUGCAAGAGGCAUCAGGCGCUACCAAAUACUGCAGUCGUGUCAUGGCUUCAUAAGCUCUGGAUGACGUUUGGUUGUAUAUAUGUGGGUGAAUUAAUUGGUGGCAAGCUCUCUUUGUUUCAUGAAUGUGUUUAUUGCUCCGUGCUUUGUAACUACACCACAACUCUUGUGGAUAACUACAGUCCUCAAUUAUUUCCUUCCAAGGGGUUAUGAUCCAUCGUAUGGUGAAGUAUUUCUCUUCUUGUAAGUAGAUUUCAAAUGUUUAUCUUAUUUCAUUCUGAUAAGAAGCUUCAAACUUCUGUGCCACUAUGAGGUAUAUCCCUUGAUUUACAUAGCUACAGUGCUGAAUUUUGUGGAUAUAGCAUCCUUGUACACUUCCUAACUCUUGGACUUUACCCUGAUGACUUUUUUUUUUUUUUUUCAGGCUGUUAUACAGAGAAUCAACCACCAGAAAUGCACUAUAGAAGUAUUCUUAGACCAACUUGAGGAUUGUGAUUUAUCUCCAGUUACAGAUGUCUUCCUUGAUGUGCAGUGUGAUGCAGUUGACAUUCUUUGUAGAUCACCCUGUGUCUUAAACCAAGAAUCUAUAUUGUCUCUAAUAAAUGCAGCCAAUUCAAAACUUGAAGUCAUUGAUUUCCAAGAUGCAUCUGUCCGGAAGGAUAUCUUAUGUGAUAUUCUCCAUGGUGGUUUAAAAUGUCAUGUCAUGAAUUUAAGGUUCAAUGAGUUCCAUGCUUUCAACUUCGCUGGAGGCUUUAUGCUAUUACACACCCUUAGUCUUGACUUCUGUUCUUCUCUCUCUACAUUGGAGAAUGAUUGUUUUGUUAACAUGCCAAAUCUGAUGCGGAUAUCUCUAUGUGGAACAAGAGUUGCAAAUCUGUGGACAACUAGUGCUGCCUUGUCCAGAUUAAAUUCCUUGGUUGAAAUCCGGUUUCAAAACUGUGCGUGCUGCAAAAACACUGGAUCAUGUCCUACUUUGUCCAGAGAGAGAAGAGAUCUUGCUUGUGACAGAAAUGUGGCAGAGCACACGAGUGAGCAUUCAAAGUGUCAACAAACAACUAUUUCUGUUGGGAAUGUUGAAUCUUCUAUUCAAGAUGAAUCGCCCAAAUUUGUCUCUGUUGGAGAUUCAUUAGUAAAUAUUCAUACUCACAGCAUAUCUCACAACUCAAUAGAUGAUAGAUUAAUAGGUAAGAUGUCAUAUAAUCUUCAUGGAAUUAGCUCAUCUGGUCGGUCUUCCAAUGCUCAUCCUGUAUCAGUUGGCUUGAGCAUGCUGCAGAUUGAGGUUUCUCAUGCAAAAUUGGAGACUGAAGAGGAUGGUGAGUCCCCUACAAGUGUGCUUGACUUGGAUGUGAAAGAUUCCUCAAUUGCCUCUAAAAUGAAAGUUCUAGAAAAUCCUUCUCCAAUCUGCUUUGAGAACCACUACAGGGAGUACAUGAUUGCAUCACUACCCCAUUUACAGGUUCUAGAUAACAUCCCAGUAAGACUUGUGGACAGGGACAUGGCCAAAAUGGUCUUCUCAAAAUAUUUUGAGUACUUGCCAUAUAAACGACAGCAUGGGGAGAGUGUUAGCAACAUUUUGUAUAUGCGUGAGACAGGAACAAGUUGUGGAUACCAUGAAAGGUCUACCAUAAAGAAGCAGUCAUCUUGCCAAAAGAGUAAAUUUUUCUAUACCAGGUCCAUUUGUGCGGCAAAAUUUGGCUCUUCAGUGUGGCCCGUCCACCUUCCUAUGUCUCAGAUCUGCAGUACUUUGGGAGAAGGUAGCAGAAGCCUCCGGCCUAGGCAGUUUGAGUAUCACCCAUCUGAUGCUUCUCUAAUGGGUUUUGGAACACUGGAUGGGGAAGUGGUUGUCAUCAAUCAUGAUAAAGGAAGCCUCUUCAAGUAUAUUCCAGCCUUGGAAACUUCUAACAGUGCAAUGGCACUAUGUUGGCUUAAUCAGCAUCCAGCAAAGCUUCUUGCUGGUUUUGAGAAAGGUUCCUUGAGAUUAUAUGACAUCAAUCAAGUGACAACAAAAGUUGAGGAUAGCCGUUGGACUUCCAGCACUAAAUUCUAUGAUGACUUUGAUCAGCUGACUUCAAUUCAUGUUAAUUCAAGUGAUGAUAAGUUCUUGGCUAGUGGUUAUUCGAGAAAACUUGCAGUAUACGAUCUCUGCACUGGCAGACGCUUGCAGUUGUUGACAGAUAUACAUCGAGAAACAAUUAAUGUUGCUAAAUUUGCCAAUUGCUCUCCACACCUUCUUGUUACUUCAUCAUAUGACUGUGAUGUCAAGAUGUGGGAUUUAAGACAAAAACCAACACUACCUUGCUAUACUUCUUCAAGCUCAAGAGGAAAUGUAAUGGUCUGCUUUUCACCUGAUGACCUUUAUCUGCUUGUAUCAGCCGUGGACAAUGAGGUGAGACAACUUUUGGCCGUUGAUGGGAGGCUUCACACAAGAUUUGAAAUAUCUUCAACAGGAAGUUCUCAUAAUUUCACUAGAUCAUAUUACAUGAACGGUAGAGACUAUAUCAUCAGUGGAAGUUCUGAUGAAUCCAUUCUAAGAAUUUGCUGUGCCCAAACGGGAAGGCGGUUAAGGGAUGUCCAUCUGCAGGAUAGGACUCUGGGGAGCUCAAUGUAUGUGCAGUCUUUGAGAAGUGAUCCAUUUCGUCACUUUCAUAUGGCUGUUUUAGCUGCCUAUGUUCGUCCAAGCUCACGAUGGGGGAUUGUUAAGGUCAAUUUGCUGGCUUCAAGUCAUCAUGCUAAACAAGAUUCUGAAUCCCAAGAUUUCUACCCUCGCUUUGGAUGGGGAGGUUGAUUAUACUUUUAGAACUCACAAGUCCUAUUACCAGGACCUCCUUCAAAGUCCAAUCUUGGCUUUGUUCAGUGAUAUGUUUAAAAUGGAGGUAUCAAAAUCCAUUGGGUUAUGAAGAGUAUUUUUGGAGGGGAAAUGUUUUUUUGCCCUCCCCCACCCCACACAAACACCCAAGAAAAAGAUCCUUGAAAGGUAACAUGCAUUGGGAGGUACCAGGUUUGGCACCUAAAGUGCGGCCAAACUUCUUACAAUGAUAAUGUAGACAUCCUGUGCGGUUUCCCUAGGCAAUGGCAAGUUGUAGACGGUAGUUAGGAGAAUGCAGAGAGCUUUACGCCUUCGGAAAAUGUAUGUAAGAUGUUUGACGGACAAGCUGUGUGGAACCUUCUUUGCACGAAGAGCUUUGUUAAUUAGGACUGUCUCCUCGAGUGUCAGCAAGCCCACUAGGUCACGCCAUGUCGAAAGCAUCUAAUUAUUUGCCCGGCUUCUUUGAGGCACUUUUCUCUUUUGAAUACUGCUUACCUGUGUCCCAUUCUGUCUCUCCCAUCCCAUCCCCGGAAACCCUUUACACUGAUUCAUGUCGUUUCCUAAUGCAACAAACCUCCUGUAAGUACUUAGACUGCAGCGCCAGGACUCGUAAUGUGACUGCUUAACGGCAGGUUUAGAGUUGAUAACUUCAAACUAAUGAACUGAAGGGUUGCUUGCCGUCUCUUAGAUCGUGUUUCUGCGGCUCAAAAGUGUGCUGAUAGAUGUGGGAAGGCAGGAGUGAACCUUAUUGCCAGAGAUGCAAUUGCGUUCCCUCAGGGACCUAUGGAAACAAGUCACGAGUGCCCUUGUUACAGAGACAUGCUCAAUUCUAAAGAAAUUCCCAAGUGCCCUUGAUUCAUCCAUCGGCAUUUGAUUUGAAGCUCACCAUGCCAAUGGCCUUAGAAAUCAUCUAAUUUAUGAUAAAGAAAACCUUUAACAGAUUUUCAACAUAUGUAAUCUCCAGAGGGUCAUUCUAGAUUUUCAAGAUUUGUUACCUCCAACUCCAAGCGGCCACAUGAAAAUUAAUGCAUUUGCUGUAUCUUUCGUUC